AAAAACUGAUUUUGAAUGAUUUGUUUUAGGUUGCCACUGACGUAGUCGACCAGUCCAAUGUCACACAAAUCCUGACCGACGAUAAAAUCAUGAGGGAUUUGAAACAUGCUAACAUCGUUCGGUACUACGGUGCGUCCUAUAUUAAAACAAAGAAGGGUUUACAGUGGAUAAUGGUGAUGGAGCUGUGUCAGGCAACCCUUAAACAAAUCUAUACUGGAAGCGAAAGAAAUGAGCGCAUGAUUCCUGGUUGCCUAGGCAGUGACCACCCACGAUUUGCUGAGGCAGCCAAGCAUAUGCUUGACCACGCCUACCAGAUUUGUACUGGCCUGGAUUUCAUACAUGGGAAAGGAUACACCCACAGAGAUAUGAAACUAGAAAACGUUCUGUUGGCAGAGGGAAAUGUUAUUAAGAUUACAGAUGUAGGCGUCACCAAGGUAACAAAGAUUGGUAAAGUUGCAUAUGGUUUCCCGGCUUAUAUGGCACCCGAAGUGCUGCUUUCGAAUGAGAUCCAAACAAACAAGAUUGACAUUUACAGUUUUUCUCUCAUAUUCUGGGAAAUGUGGUUUGGGAAGGAUGUAGAGGACGAAAAAAACAAAGGUUUACUCGGGUAUGGUUACCAUGGAAAUGCAAUGGAAGUACUCAAAUCUCAUAUUGCAAGGACAGAUGGAUGGCGGCCACCACUGAGUUCACCAAAACGUCCGCCAGAAAUGAUUACUGAUGUAUUAAAAAGAGGAUGGGCUUCCGAUCCUGAAAAGAGGCCAAGUGCAAAUGAGUUUGGAAAAACUUUGAAACAGUUUCUGAAGAACAACCUCUAACAAAGCAUAUAAAUUAUACAAAAAGCAUAAGUGAACCGCUGCAAAAGACUUACAUGAUACAUACAUGAAUAGAACUACUGUCAUGAGAGGCUAUAAAGGUUUUAAUUUAAUUCCGAAACAAGCGAAAAAAAUCACUAUUUUGCAUUGUUUUUUCCAUCAAAACUGAUUUCAAAGUGCUGCAACUUCUAAAUGCAUUGAAAUAGACUAAAAGGCUUUUCAGUGUUGGCUACACAUGAUAUUAAGAUCGUCCUGAGACUAUUUUAGCCUGUCACAUGUCCAAGAUUUUCUUGGUGAUGAGGGGGACUACCACCCCCCUUCACCCCCCCAAACAGUAUGGGGCACACUCCCCUUCUGGCAACCCCCUUAUGAAUCAUUUUGAUGUGGGCCGCGCCGAAAAAGUCAUCACUUUUUUAACAACAUUUACAAACGAAAAACAGUGUUUGGGGCCUAAAUAGGGCAUUUUUCCCUGUUUGAGGCCUCAAGGGGGGGGGGGCAAAAGCCGUCAAAACACGUGUAUGCGAGGGAUAAAGAUUAAAUAUUGCAAAAUAGUUAAAGGAGGGCAGUAUAUCUUAAAUAAUAUGAUAUAUUUUUGUUGUCAUAUAAAUGUAUAGUGAAUUGCAUUUUUUUUAUAAAAUAUAAUUUCUUCUUCUGGUUAUUUAAAAUAUUCUUAUUGCAAAAUAACAAAUGAUUUUUUAAAUCUGUUUUGGGGCCAAACUAACCAAUUUUGGAGCCGGAUUGACCAACCAGAAAUACUAAGGGACAGAAUUGACCGCUUUAGGGGCCGCAUCAUUUUUGUAUUUUCUGAUCGUAAGAUCAGUAAAUACAUAGCUAACAUCCACGGUCUAACACAAAAUUUCCUCACAGUCCUAACAACGCAAAGUAGUUCUCACUCAAAACUGCUUAAAAACCAGCAAUUUAAAAGAAAGAAUAAUUUUUAAUGAAGGCAUUUAACGAAUUACAGCGCAUUAAAAGUUUAGAUUAGUCAACAGAAAAAUGAGGUUAUAAUCACAAAUUUCGCAGAUGAAUAUCUUUUUACCCAAUGAAAAAUGUUCGGCUAUUUCCGUAAAGCUUCGGAUUAUCAUGAAUAUCAUUUUAAUCAAUGAAAAUGCUAUGUUUAGCUAUGUCGAUUACCGAAUACUCCAGAGCGUAGUACGCAAAUAAAUCUGACUGUCGAGUAGUGGAAUAUAUACAUGUCGGACUGUUUUGGCGAGAAGAUUUUCGCUAAAUUAUUUUCAUCAGUGUUAAACAACAGGUUUAUCGUGAACAAAAUACCUCGAAAUUAAUAAGGAUUACAAACACGAAAUGGAAAUUCUCAAUUUAGAAUUACAUAAUGUAUUCGUUUUUAUUCAAGGUACAUAUGUAUAACUUCGCCGUGGUGCAGAGGUAAGCGGUCUCGUUGAGGGUGUGAGAGGCCUAUGGUUCAAAUCCUAGUCGAGGCAAUUCUAUUUUUUUUCAUGCAAAAUUCCAUAUGUAUCAAUCUCAAACUGUUAUAGAAGAAAAUCAAAACGCUGUCGCUGCGUAAGAUGAAUUAUAGUAUAUAAAAUUAAACUUACAGGAAAGUAUGAUUUAGAUUGCAAAAAUCAGAAAAUACCAUAAAGCUGCAGCCCUUUGAUUUGUCUUGCUGUUAUUUAGUGCUUGUAUUCACUUAAACGAAAUUGCAUACUUUAUUACAUUUUGAAACUCCAGCAAACACUGAUUAUAAGUAAUAGUUAUAGUACAUGAAACGAGUUAGUUACGAGGAUAUAACACUGGCUGGGGCGACAUCAAGGAGGGUUUCUGCAAAACAAAAUGCCGAGGCCGUUAGGCUGAGACAUUUUAUUUUGCAGAAACAUCCCGAGAUGUCGCCCCAGCCAGUGUUAUACCUCUGUAACAACUGAGUUUCAUAUACUUUAACUGUUUUAUCGCAAUGACAUAAUGUUUUCUUUUUUUGUUAUAGAAGCAAAUAAAUCAAUAAAUAGAUAAUUAGCUACACUACAGUUAUUUAUGAUAAGGCAGCUUUUUUCAAGAUGUUUUCGCUGCCGCAAAAAAAAUUAUAUAUAAAAGACAUCCAAUGUUAGAGGCGGAUUGUAAACUGUUACCAAUAUUGAUUCAAGAUUAAAUUGCUUUUCUUUUCAGUGGAAAUAAUUCAUUCAGCGGAUACAAUUCGUUCAGCGGAUGUACCUGUUGAUUAAAUGAGAGUAAAUUUAAUUUCAUUAAUUAUCU